UCUCUCUCUCUCUCUCUCUCUCUCUCUCUCUCUCUCUCUCUCUCUCUCUCUCUCCCAUAUGAAUAAUGUGUCGGUCGUCACAUGUUCUCUAACAUGUCUGUCAUGUCUCGUGUUAUAGAUGGAGAAGUCAAAUGUGUCAACGAACAUGGCGGUCGACACUAUUGCAUGCACGACCGAAGACCUGUAUCAAGAUAUAUCGAACGUCAUAGCAACAGACGGCGCUCACAAGCAGUGCGUUCGCAGUCUUGGGAGAGGGGUGGUAGGGAACGAUACCAACCAAGAAACGACGUUGCAAAUGGAAUCAGAGGAAAUGUUGCGUGUCAUUUCCGUGGCUGCAAAUGAGGACGCGGAUAACUGCGAGAGGACAGGCAACGAAGACACUCCGAUGUGCACAGUUGGCAGUGACUGUAUCACCAAGAAUGAAGCAGGAGCACAAUUCCUCUACGAUAUCAACUGGAAGCCCGACAAGGUGCAGCCAGGCUUGAACGGGGGCAAGAACUGCCUCGCCUUUAAGAGCGGUGAUACAUGGGUCCCUUAUCCUCCGCUUAAAUUGGCCACAUGGCGCUACAUCACAACAACCAUUAUUUUCGAUCGACUGACAAGGCUGAAUGACGGCGUCGCGCUUCGACGUCUGAUCAAAUGCACGCAUGUCCUUUGGGAGGCACUGACGGAAAAGGGGGGGUUACGGCUGAAUGAUUUCUUUUACGAUCGUGAGGACUGCUCCCAACAAUGGGUGGUAUCUGACAGCACACGAGUUGGGGAUGGAGUAUGCAACGACAAUGAUGCAAGGCGGGAUGUGCGGUGGGGUUGGGUGCCGUCAAGCAUUCCUUGUGAAUAUGGGGAGAUAAGGAUGAUUGUCCGUGAUCUAAUUGGGAACUGUUGGAGUACAGUUUAUAUAAAUGGCGAGUUCUCGUCUCGUUUUUUUGAGUACGAGAUGGCGGAGUCGUUUGAUGCCGCGACAGGGGAACUCCUGAUCCCAAUGCAGAACCCCGUGUUUUCGCUAAUUGUGGAGGGGAAAGUUUUUUCGGGGGAGGACAACAUUUGUCUGCGGCACGUAAGAGGAAGGGAGGUCACUUAUGAUGGACGUGUUGUUGUGGAGAAGAGCGCGGUAGUCAGCGGUACGGUGUGCAGCGAUGGUAGCAGGCGGACGGGCCAAGGAACGAAGCGGAAGGCGACAACCAAACGCGACAACGGGGGGACAACGACGGUAGCAGGGAGGGGGGGUCGAGGUAAGGGAAGGGGGGGUGGGGCAGCAAUGGUUGGUGGAAGAGGGAGAGGAAGGGGGAGGGGGCAAGGGGGGGCAGCAAUGGAUGGUGAGACAGGCGGGAAAAAUGAUGGGAGGAAAGGCCCGCCGAGGCGCAAUCGCCGACCCGAAGAGGCUGCUGUGGCGGAGAUGCGCCGACUGCAACGCAGCACAGAGCUUUGCAUCCCUUACAGACCAUUUGUGAGGCUUGUGCGCGAGGUUGUGCAGAAAGAAGAUGUUGCAACACAACCAAUGCGGUUCGGGAUGCUUGCAAUUCAAGCACUUCUGGAGGCAGUUGAAACCUAUCUUGUUCAUCUUAUGGAGAGCACCAACGAGGUUGCAAUCCAUUCGAAGCGGGUGACGAUCUUGACGAAGGACAUGAGGCUCGUUGACGGAUUGCAAAAACCACUCGUGGAUUGGAUGUGCAACGACCAUGACAUCGACAUGAGCAAAAGAGAUGGAGGCGGUUCGUACGACACAUCAGCGUUCAAGAAGUUUGUGAGAUCUCAGGCAAGAGAAAGUCAAAUGUUGAAGACAGGGGGUGGUGACGAAUUAAAGCCGAAUGCAGCGGAGAUAUUGGCACUGAGCAGGAUGAACGAGGUCCCUCAAAGAGAUCCUAUUGACUACCAUGAACUGGCAACAAUGGUGGUGGACGGUGUCAAGUAUGUGUUACUAGACCAGAUUGUUGACUUUAUGAAGAGUGGAGGCGAGGAUAAAAAUCUCAUUCACGAGGCGUUGCACGAGGUGACGGAGGAGGCAAUAACAGCAGCGGAGGUUGUCGAUGUUGAGUGUGUAAAGGAUCGCACACUCGACCUUGUGUCGCGGACUCCUGUGUCCCGGUGGAACAUAUUCGAAGCUGUAAAGGAGCUGACCGCAGCAUCGACGGAUGUGGACAGGAGGAGGAAGAGAAAGUGUCGAUGGCAAAUGCUUGUUGCAGAACACGACACCGCAAGGACACACACAACAGACACGACAGUGCAGGACACAGAUGGCACAGUAUCUCUGGCGGAUGUCAGGACCGUGUUGAAGAAUCCUGCUGCGAAUUCAGCGACUGUCCAUGGCGGAUUCAGAGAGUGGACAUUGCCACCCAGACAUCCUUCACGUGACUUCAAUGAAGGACUCGAACAAGCAUCGCAAUAGGGAGAUGAUGUGGUGGUUCCUUAUGACGAGAAGGGCGAUGCACAGACAAGACCACAACAAAAGAACCCGACAUUA